AUGCCAUCCGGCAUCUUCCAAGGUUUUUCACAAGCGCUGUCGCAAUUGGUGGCAGAGCACAUGGCGCAAGCUGAAGCAGGCCGGCCUGGGGACUCGGGAGGUGGCGCCGGCGUGGACAAUGUCGACCACUUUCCAGCUGCUAUGAAAGAGUGGAUGGCCAAGCAUGGUCAAGCCCGUGCACUUCUAGAAAUUGCGCCGCCGCCAAUGCCAGAUUUCUUGCAAGCCCCUCCGAGCCAAUGCCAAAACCAAGCAGAAGGGGCCGCAGUGACACACUCCCAAGAAACUCAUGACCCGUCUUCAAUUUUGCAGCUCUGGCAACCAGAUUGGCUACCCCGCCUCUUUGACGAUGUCGGCACGGUCACAGUGGUACAAGACAUGUGUGAAAGACCCGCUACGCUCGCAGAAGAGACCUCGGCUUUCCGUCGAAAAGUUGAUCGAUCCUUUGGAUGGCACGGCAAAGUCUUGAAUGACCAGCAGAAGUCCCAGCGCGCAGCCGCACAAACGACCUUGCAAUUGUUGGCGACGAGCCCCGAUGAUGGCAAGUCUGAGCUGUUGCAAUGCAAGGUCUUCGCUCUGGUGGCCGGCGAACUCUAUCGCAGUCACGGAGGACAGCUCUUUGAGUAUUGCAAUGGUGCAUGGGCCCCUGCUUCCCAAGGGCUUUCCUCAGUCAACCUCGAGUUCAUCCUCCAAGCCCUGCGCAGAUCUCAAGCAUACUUUGCCGUCAUGGCCCAGAUGAAGCCCAAAAGGACCUACGAAGACAUCGUGUUCGAGAUCAAAGCUAUCCAGCAAGUGGGUCUGGAGGACGUACUGCUACAGUGGCAACUUCAAGACAUCCUGCCCCGAAAGGCCGAAGUCAAGGCCAGAGAGUGGCUGUAUGGUUUGUCCGAGUUGUGCCGCCACUUGCGGCAUCAGUUUGACGAGCACUCCAGACUGUUCAUGGAAACAUACUCUUCACGUUGGGGCGAUGAAGAAAUCCGCAGCAAACAGCAGCCCGGGCUAUGCUUCCAAGAUGCUUUCAUUUCUACUGUGGAUGGACAACCGCAGCAACUGCAGAAGGAUGCGCGGCAUGGAUGCUACGUUGCCAUCCCCACGUCCAUCUCGCAGACACCUUCCAUGGACACACGUCGACGCUAUGCCAGCAUUCUCUUGUCUUCCUUUGCAGGCUCGGCUGGCCUUCAAGUCUUACUCAAUCAAUGUGCCCUCGUGGUGGCCCGGGUGAGGCAGCCAGAUGUGCUCCACAUCGUUGUGGGCUGUGGACAUGAUGUGAAGACUUUGAUAUUUGUCGACCACAUGCAAGCUGUGUUUGGCAGCGCUUUCAGCUGCGCCCCGUGCAGUAUGCUGCAAGCGGACCGUGAAUUUCAGGUCCAGGGCGUCAACUUCAUCCAUUCAUCUUUCCUGACUUUCGAUGAAUGCAAAAGAGAUCAGGGAAUCAUGGAGGAUACCGUGAAAGUGUUCGUGGGUGGGGGUUGGCUACCAUUGCGGAGAAACCAUGAAGCAGAAACCAAAUACGGACACUGGGCACAUUCCGCCAAGGUGUGGGCUAUGAAUGUCGGAGAUAUCCCGCGGGUGCCCACUGCAGAAGAAGUCUCGCACCAAAGGCGCUUCCGCUGCACCUACAUGCGGUCCAAGUUCACGGCCAUCCAAGAUGAAGUUGAUGUUGCCAACAAAGUCUUCCAAGCAGAUCCCAGUGCCAAAGAGUUCAUGGCCUCUGGCGCCGCUGUUUGGUGCUUUUUUUUGGAUUUUCUUUUUCCACAUCUUCGCUCCAAUGGUCUGCAAAAGUGCAGUGACAACUUGCAGUACCUCAUGCCCGAGACCACUUUGUACAAGGACACGCAUUGGCUCCUCCAAAAGAUGAGCCGCUGCAGCGAGCGCCCAAAUCCCGAUGAAGGACAAGGACCUGCACAUCCAGAAAUUCCGGUAGCGCAAAGCCGCUCCGAACGGAUCAUUCGUGAGACCCAUGCGGCUGUCACCACUCAGUUUUUCUCUGCCAAGGAAGUCAAUCGCCUUUUGGCCCCUUCCAAUCCAGGUUCAGCUCCGCCAAAGAAGCCGGGGAAGAAACUCAGAGUAGAGUACCUCAAGGAGUCCAUCCUCGUGUUCCCCCAUCUCAUUCGGUCCGUUGAUGGCCAAGUCCGUGCUGGGAAUGCGUUGGACCGCUUCGAACGUCGAUGUUUGAAUGUUGACGCCUGGCAGACUUGCCUCCAAACAUGCUUAGGUGAAGCUCGGGUUGAAGAAAUUGCUGGUACUUGGCAAGAUUGGUCUUGGCCACAAGCUGCAGAAGCUUCACUGGCAGACACCAUGGAUGACCCCACUGGCCUUCCUCGUGGUGACUCUUGGACCAUCUCUUGCAACAUCAACCUUGAAGGAUUGAAGCAGUAUGCUGCAUCCACACUUGGAGAGAAGGGUUUGCACGCCCGACAAGUUGCAGAGAUUUGUGAAAGAGACAACGAGACCGUCGGAGACUUGGUCACUGUGAAGACUACAGGGCAUCAAAAACAAGUGGCAGGUGAAUCGCUCGGACGUGUCUUCUUUCCAUGGGUGAGCUUUCCAACCCUAUCUCGUUCCGCCAGAAGCUACGGCAGCCCACUGGGGACAAAGGAGUUCGACAUGCCCAAUGCUGUGAUCCACUUUGCCCUCAAGUUCGCUGAAGAGUAUGCCAUGGACUUGCCGUGCUUUCGGCGGUAUCACGCUUUCAAAGCUGAAUGGCGCCAAGUGGUGAUGUCUUGGUUCUCCUUCUCAGAGCAUGAUGCCAAAAAGGCGCUCCUCAUGGCCUCUUUUGGCUUUGCAUUUCCAUCUCGCGCGAGCGGUUCACCUGUGGCCUGUCCCUUGUUGGAGGGCCUCGCUGCAGAUGCCAUGAAGUUGCGGGAGGUGCUUUGUCAAAAAUUCCCCUCGGUAGUUCAAGACAUGAAAGCAGCAAAGCGCCCGCGGCCCGAAACUUCCGCCAUGGCUUUCUUGCUUUUUGACAAGGAACACAAAGCAAUGCAGCUGUUCUGCGGCCUCCUGCCCAAACAUGGCUUCGCUCUAGUUGCACCAGUCUUUGACGCAGUGCUUGCUGUCCCGCAAGCGAAUCUGAGCAUGCCAGGUGAAGAAGUAGAUUCAGCAGCAAGUGAACAGGCUUUGCUGGAAGAUUUCCACAGUCAGACUGGAAUCAUGAUGCAGGUCAAACCACUGGACAGAAGCCCGCCCAUGCUCACAGUGCAGCAAAUCCUGGAAUCCAUUUUGGAAAACAAUGCUGGGAUCAGGAUGGGCGCGAUCCAUCACAUUCCUGGGUGUUACUCCUGUAUCGGCACUGCUCUCUUGAAUUUGUUCCCCGAGGAGGCUGACCCUUUGAAGGCCGCAACAUCCAACUUGCCAGAGCCUAUGUCCUACCAGCACAUGAUGCAGCUUUGUCCUCAAUUUUCCAUAGAGCCUGUGUCCUUGUCUCAAGCAGAGCAGUGCGGCGAUGGAAUGUGUUUCUUGCUACAUGCAUCGAGCUCAUCAGCCAAGGAUUGUGGCCAUGCAUACGGACUGAAGCUGGUCCAGGAAGAAUGCAUCCAAACCAAUGCAAAAAAGUUGUGGAAGCACUUGUCGAAAGCUCACGGGACGCAGGUUUUCCAAGUCAAUGUGCUCUCCGCAGACGAUCGCGCGGCCAAGAGGAGGAGAAAGGAAGCACCUUCGACUUGCCUGGAAGUCCAACUGAAAGCAGGAAUGGAGGCCGAGGAGGGCUGGAGCUCCGUGGCGCCACAAGUUCGCGCCUGCAUGGAAAGAGAAGUAUUGCAAGAGAUUACCCGUCUGGGCCUCAGUCAGUGA